AUGCUACAUACACAAUACACUGUGUUAUAUUUGUGUAUUCGUGCAAGGCGCGCUUUCUACUCGCUGUGUACGGAAGCGCAUGUCAAAGGUCUGACAUACGCCAAUCUUGACGCUUUAGUGCUCCUCCUCUUGGUACAAAGUUCCUGCUUUGAAAUUUAUCGGAAGUUAGUAACCAUUUUUGGUAAUCCAUUCUCUUGGCAACAGCUUCUGGUAUUGAUACAUGCCGAACGUCGGACGUUGAAGAGUGUCGGACAUUGGACGUCUGCCGAAGUAAGACCGGAUAUAGGCUCAUAA